AUGUAUAAAAUAAUGUUUGAAAUAGCUUGUAGACUUUUUGAAAUUAAUGAUAAAGACAUUAUUGAAUUGUUUGUUGCGGAAAAUAUAAUAUAUAUGUUUGAUCUAAAAAACAGAUCCCGUAAGCCUGGUUUAGUACGAAUUCUAUAUGACGACGAUAAAUCGACUCAUAAUGAUAGCCAGGAUUGCGCUAUAAAAAUUUCUAAUUUGGUAACAGAAUUAAAAACAGAAUUACAAAAGUAUCACUAUUCUAAAAUUUUAGUAUAUUCCGAUGAUGACAGAACCAAACUAGCAUUUUUAAUAGGCUACAAAUUUUAUAACAAAUGUGAAUGGCAUCAAAUAUACGAUUCUUGUUUUUUAGGCGUCGUGGGAUUUUUUAAUGAAGGUAGUAUGCAAAACUUUUUAAAGAAUGCAACCAGAUUUAAUAAUUCGGAAAAAAAAAAAAAUAAAGCAAGAGAGUUAAUUAGGGCUGCCUACAAUUUUUAUCCAGACCACAUUACCUGUGAGGAGUUGCUAGAUGUUUUACCUAAUUAUUAUGAUAAUUGUCCAGAGUUGUCGUCAGAUUUUAGAGAUAACUAUCAUUUAGUUUAUGAACAUCAAAAAAAAAAUUAUAAGGAGAUAAACAGAAAAGAAUUUUUACAAUCUUUAAAUAUAACUUUUAAGUGUGAUGUUAAUGAAUCAGAUUGUGCUUUACCAGGAGAAAAUAUACAACCUGAUUAUGCUUUACCCGAGGAAAAUAUACAAUUUGAUUGUGCUUCACCAGAGAAUAACAUUCAAUUGAACUUAGAAGAUAAUGAUUAUGAUUAUACAUAUAAUUUAGAUGACAUUUAUAUGAAUGAAACAGGUUUGACAAAUGAUGAAAUGUUAUCAAAUAAUUUAAAUGAAGAUGAAAAAUCCAAUUCAAUGGUUUUAAGUAAUAGUCUUAAUGUCGAAGGAUUUGCUGGUUCAUCAAAUGUGAUAUGUUCAAUUAAUAACAAAAAUCUGCUAUAUCGUAA